CUGCAGAGCAAAGAACUCCAGUGGAUGAAUGGAAGGCGGUCGGCAUGUGUUUGGAGGGGGAGGCACAAAGCUAAAAAAAAGGAGCAGCACUUUGUUUAAAAGUUAUCGGAGUCAGUACGCUUACUUUAAAAUACUACCGAGGACAUUUAUUUCUAUUUCAUCGUGGGUAAGCAGAUUUGGACGAACGGCGUUUUCACGAUGGAGCAUUUAAUUUUUAAAUGUUAAACGACAGCAGGUUAGGAUGUGCGUGUUGUAGUUCACGUGAAGACUUGGGGUAGCCUAAAAAAGCUUUUGUCACUGUUUGCCUUCCACGCGUUCGGCGUGAUGUGAGAUCCGAAUCGAGCCGAGUUUAAAUUACAGUGUGUAGGACAAUGUGGGAGCGCUUUUGACCGGACUGCUAAGCAAACUUCACUGGGUAAUUAGCGAUUAGCAUCGGAGCACACUGCCGGCGGCACGCGAACCUGCUGGGAAGCAGUGUGGGAUCCACCAAAUCAACACAGGACCACCAAAAACGAAGGACCGCAUGCCUCCAUGGUUCCGAACAAGUGGACCAUGAAUUCAGUCCUGCACAAGUCGCCUCCGCGGAGCUGGCUCGGUCUCAAAUUGAGGCUCAAUGACAAGCCUGUUCAGGAGGAGGACUGGGUGGCGUGCCAGCACCCCGAGUGCCCUGAUCGACGAAGGGCCUCAAAGGUUUGCCACCACCCCGACUGCCAAGGCCUGAAUAGCAAAAGCCCCCUCCACGUCUGUGAGUCAUGUGACUCACGCUGCCACUUGGAGAAGAACGACAACAUGCACUUUGACCGGCACCCCCGAUUUGACUUACAACCUCAAGCUUCCAUCCUGGCUCGGAACGUAUCCACACGAUCCUGCCCCCCACGCACCAGUGCCCCAUCCGACCUCGAAGAAGAGGAUGAGGGGAGCAGUGACCGCGGGGAGAAGAAAACUGGGGGUAUAAAGAUGGUGAAGAAGAAGCCACGCAGGAGACACACCGAUGAUCCCAGCAAAGAGUGCUUCAGUCUCAAGUUUGACCUCAACGUUGACAUCAACACAGAAAUAGUGCCUGCUAUGAAAAAGAAAACCCUCAGAGAGGUUCUCGGUCCAGUGUUUGAGAGAAACGGCAUCGAGCUGUCGCGUGUCGACUUGUUCCUGGAUCAGUCCAACACGCCGCUGUCCCUCAACUUUGAGGCCUAUCGAUUUGGCGGUCACUACCUCAAAGUCAAAGCACGGCCUGGCGACGAGCUAAAAGUGGAGCAGGGGGUGAAGGACAUGAGGUCGAUGAGCUUGCCCAACAUGACGCCUGCCGGAAGUCAGAACCCCUACAUCCUCACGCCACCCACGGAGAGAGUGGAGCACGGAUCUCUGGGACGUCGCGAGGGUACCGAUCCGCUGGGUCAGUCCCGGCGGAGGAAGAACAUGACCGAGUUUCUUGGGGAAACGAACAUUCCCACACCGCAUACGCUCGGGCAGAUGGGUGGCUCGUUGCCCGGCAUCGGCUCUGGUCCCGAAAGCUGGAAGAACCGAGCCGCCAGCCGCUUCAGUGGCUUUUUCAGCUCCAACGCCACAGCAGCAUCCUUCGGCAAGGAAGUGGACCGGCUGGAGCAGCUCCACAGCAAACUGCACUCGUAUACGUUGUUCGGGCUACCCAAGGUGCCGCGGCAGCUCUCCUUCCACCAGGACUCCUGGGAGGAGGAAGAUGAACAGGAGCCCGACUUGGUCCUGGAGGACAGCUGGCAGAUGUUGUUGGACAACGCUGAGACUUUGACAAGGAGACAGUUCCACCAACAGGAGGCAAUAUGGGAGCUGCUGCACACAGAGGCCACAUACAUUAAAAAACUCAGAGUCAUCACUGACCUCUUCCUGUGUGGCCUGCUCAACCUGCAGGAGAGUGGCCUGCUCACCGAGGUGGAACCCACGCGGCUUUUCAGCAACAUCCAGGAGAUUGUGCGUCUGCACACGGCCCUCUGGAACCAAGUCAUGCUCCCUCUAUUAGAUAAGGCCAGGCAGGCCAGGGCUCUGCUUGACCCCACCAACCUUCAACAUGGAUUCAGGACGUUCGCCUCCAGGUUCAAGCCGUACAUCCAUUACUGCAUGGAGGAAGAAAGCUGCAUGGAGAACAUGCGAGCGCUUCUCAGGGACAAUGAACUCUUCAGGACCUACGUUACCUGGGCCGAGACGCACAAGCAGUGCAACCGUCUGAAGUUGGCAGACAUGCUGGCGAAACCUCAUCUACGGCUAACCAAAUAUCCCCUCCUGCUGAAGAGCGUGCUCAAGAAGACGGACGAGCCGCCCGCCCGAGACGUCAUCGGUGGCAUGGUGGCCUCGGUGGAGGGCUUCAUCGACAGUGUCAACUCUUGCAUGCGUCAGCGUCAGGAGCGGCAGAGGCUGGCCACCAUUUCCGCCCGCAUCGACUCCUACGAGGCAGUGGAGGGCAGUAGCGAGGAGGUGGAGAAGAUCCUCAGGGAGUUCAACCACUUUGACCUCAUGGCUCCCAUGAGAGGAACGUGUGUCGAGGAAACACGACAGCUUCACCUGGAGGGCGCUCUGAGGAUGAAAGAGGGCAAAGACAGCAGGAUGGACGUCUACUGCUUCCUUUUCACUGAUUUGCUGCUCAUCACAAAGCCUGUGAAGAGAGUAGAGAAGGUCAAAAUCAUCCGGCAGCCUCUCCUCAUCCACAACGUCGUCUGCAAGGAGCUGAAAGACACGGGCUCCUUCAUCCUCAUCUACCUCAAUGAGUUCAGGAGCGCCGUGGCCGCCUACACGUUCCAAGGCAACAGCGCCUCCCAGGGGCGAAGCUGGAUCGAAGCAAUCUGCAACGUCCAGAACCAACUCCAGAGGCUCCGCAGCGAGGAAGUGAUCCGGCUGCAGCAUACUCUGACGACUUGCACGGAGGGCGAAGAAGAGCGGGAUGAGGAAGACGAGAGCAGCAACUCCAAUGCGAGUUCGCCAUGUUUGAGGCACAAAGAUCAGCUUAACUUGAGUGAGUCUGAUGGAUCCACUGAGACAUUGUCAGUCAUGGAAGCGGACGAUGUGGCCGGGUCACAAACGUCUUCUGCCACCAUCGUUAGCCUCGAGGGACUUGCCGACCUUGACGACGGCGUCCCCGCCCUGUCGGAAGUUGAGCGGCCCACACCUCUCCACGGGCCCUCGUCCGACGUAUGCUCUGAGGUGGAUCAGGAGGCGGAUCCCGAGGGCGACGAGCUGGACCCUCAGUGCCGCUCUCUCUCCAUGGACAGUGCCUAUGGUACGCUCUCCCCGGAGUCGCUCCUCAGAGAACUUCAGCCCCCGCAAAGUGAAGAGGGGGGCACGCUGGAGGUUGAGGGGGAAGAGGAGGAAGACGAGGAGGAGAAGCAGGACUCGGCCUCGCUUGGCUCGCAGUCGUCAGUGGUCCAGCCGUGCAAACCUCGACGGCGGGCUCAUGUACAGUCAAGACUCCACUGCCUCCAGAAGCUAUCUACACUGGUCUUAUCGCGCUCCGAGGACAACCUCCUGCAGCGCCUCCACGCCAAAACACCACCUUUGCAAAACUGCGCCGACCCGUUGCACGCGUCCUCACUGGCGCACAGCAAGAGCCUGUCGGAGCUACGCAGCAGCGCCGCAGGCCUCCCCGUCGAUCUCCGCCGGGACGUCCUAGGCCAGGGCGGUCCAUGCGUUGCAGACGCGGAAGUUAAGAGGAAGUCCGAGCCACCGGGAGAAACUUCGCCUCGAGCAAGGAAAUCGCCACCGCAGCAGCACAAGAAGCUGACGCUAGCACAGCUCUAUCGAAUCCGCACCACUCUGGUCCUCAACUCGACACUUACAGCAUCGGAGGUGUAACCACCAAAUUGUCUUUCUUCCCGGAGACACCACUGCACUCUUCCCCCCGCCCCCCUUCUCUUUCCCUCCCUCUCUUGACACCGCCCCCGCCACUCCGAGCACCCGAUGCCAUACCCCUCAACAUCGAGCACCGCUUCGGUCAACCUACCCCACCCCUCCUACCCGCUCGCGGGGAGGCGGCGCCUAAGAGACUCUUUCACUGCUUGCACUUUGCAGAGAACGUAGCACCACAGGGGGCCGCCACUGACCUUGUCUUCUCUAGCGGAGGCGAGGGAGGUCCCAACCUCUCGAACGAGACCCAGAGUGGAUGUUGUGACUUUUUGAUUUGCUUGAACAAGAAGAAAGGUUAAUUGCACAUGUGUUUUGGAAAACAAGAAGAAUCGCGAAGGAGUGAAGCUACAUUUACAGUCACAUGAGGAGUUGGCGUGCAUGUUGCGUGUGUGUUUGUUUGAAUGAUCAAUGACCAAAAGUGGACUACGCAACCAAAGAAGAGUCCAUCAGGUUUAACUCUUAAGCUGCGGGCAUUCUCGUUUGUUUUUCCUGGAUUUCAUUGCCAAGCAAGGUGGGAGGGGGCUCACAGGCCACAACCUGAACAUGAGUAAUCUGACAGCUUUGCUACACUACAAUGUAUCGAAACAAACACACACACACACACACACACACACACACACACAACAGUUGCUUGGCUGCACUCCUUUUUUUUUUUUUUUUUUUUUUUUUUGCUGGUCGUGUUUUUGCUUUUGUAGCAAGAUUGAACACAUUUGUUUGGAAGAUGUUGAAUACUCUGAGUGCACCAGCUCUUCCCAGGAGAUAAAACGCGUUAACACUUAAAUUUGCAAACCCCAUUGAAUUUGUCCGUUUACUUUUUUGUUUUGUUGCUGUCUAGUAUUUAUUUUGUAUAAAGGAGUUUUAAUGUCACACUGAAGAGAAAAAAAAACAACUCAUGCUUUUCUCAAGAGUGAAGUCACAAGAUUACGUUUGUAACGCUAUGAGAAAAAGGUAACCAUAAUGAGGGAAUGAGGUUGUAAUAUUAAUAAAUAAGUACCAGAAAUCAGUACUGUCGAACCAAUGUCAGCAUAAAGUAAAUACAAGAAAAUGUUUACAAAAAUAGUCGCAACACAGGAAAAAGUAAAAAUAUUUUCUUGAAUUGAUCGCAUGACUGCAGAGAGAGUGAGACGAUGCAUUUUCAUUUGCAAGUCUUAUUUGGGAUUUUUCCCUUGUCUCCGUGAGAAUUUAUUCAUGUUACGAUUUCAUUCUCAUAUCAGUGUGACAUUUUUUCCCCUCGCCAAUAUGGUCCAAAUGCUCCUUUGUAAUUUUGUCUCAUGUUUUAUGUAUGAAUAUAAAUAAGAUGAUGUUGAUAUUGUUGUGCUUCCAACAUUUGUACAAUCUUUUUGUUGACAUAGUCUUAAAAUGAAUUUUCCUUGUUGGCCACCAAUGUGCUGCCAAUUGAAAUCAUGUGUUUCCUGACAUUAAAAAGUGUCCUAUGGGAUAAGAA